CGGACGGGUGUUGUGGAUGUUGCGUCGCGCAGCAUCGAGACUAGAUUCGAGAUCAAUAAGGAUAGCGGCGACGUCGCGCAUGACUGAAUUAUUUUGCGAAUUGCAACAAUCCCGAUUCCCGAGGAGGUUAUGACGACGACCGGGGCCCAGGUCGAUCCCAUAUGAUCUCGUCGUCUUGCUCACGGAACAGAUAGAAAGCGGCACCGGUGCUCACGAUCCUCGGGACAGACAACGACGACGACGACGACGAUGUUCGAGGGGGCUAUAGCGGCAUUUUUCAACCGUCUGCUGGGCAGGUACGUGGAGGAUCUGGACACGGAGCAAUUCAAUGUCGGUAUUUUCUCCGGGGAUACAUGCCUCACCGACCUGAAACUGAAACCAGAGGCUUUGUAUCAACUGGGACUACCUAUUAAAGUAGAGAUCGGUUUAAUAGGAAAAAUUAUUUUGAAAAUACCAUGGUCUGGACUCUUCUCGCAACCUAUUGUGAUAUGCAUAGAGGAUGUAUACGUAGUAGCAGUACCUGCAUUAUCUGGUCCAUAUGACCCAGAAAUACAAAAACGUUUAAUGAGAGCUGAAAAAAAGAAGAUACUUGAUGAUCUUAAGGAAGAUGAAAUAUUUAGAGCUGGUCUACCUCCUCAACUAUUUGAUGGUCUAUUAGCAUCAGUCACGAAGAACUUUCAAAUUACUAUAAAUAAUGUACAUAUUAGAUAUGAAGAGAAAAUAUUGCGCAAUUUCCUCUGUGCCUGUGGUAUAUGUAUACAAAGUAUAUCCAUAACGACUACCAACAACAAAUGGAAGCCCGGGGUGUGUGCUACAAACUCGCAAACGGUGUACCAGCUUAUACGCGCGGAAUCGCUCAGUGUGUACAUGGAUCAUGACACUGAAUCCUGUAUAAAUGUGCAGGGUAAUUGGGACAUGUCCAAUCUGCUCGCUUGGAAAAUUACGAUGCAUAGAGCUCUGCAGACGUUCGGGAUGAAGAACAAAGAGUUUCAGUUUUUGUUGAAGCCCUUCACGGCCAAGAUUAAAGUUAUCAUACACAAGGGUACGGAAAUGCAAGCUUCACGUAUGUUAGUCGAUAUUGUGCUCCAAGAUGUAGCAAUGCAGUUAUCUGAAGCGCAGUAUGCUACGUUUUGUCAUAUUUAUGAUUCUUUGCUUCGUGCGACUAUUAACAGACCACAUGCUAAAUAUCGUCCUGAGAAAAGCGUAUAUGAGGAACCGUCAUCUUGGUGGAAAUACGCGUAUAAUUUCGUUUUGAAUCAUUAUAUUAAGCCAUAUACUUGGCCGCAUAUAACCCAACACAGAAGAAAUUACAGAAAUUACAAAGAGGCGUGUAUCCAAUGUUUGCAACGACCAAAUGAUACAGAAUUAAAACUGGAUAUGCAAAAACAUGAAGAUAGCCUGACGAUAUUAAAUAUAGUGAUUGCUAGGGAACAUGCUAGACAGGAAUUGAGAAACAAAGAUAUCGAGCGAGAGUGCCAAAUCACAACAACGAGUCCAUCGAAAGAUAUUAAUGCAGAAGUCAAAUUGCCGGAUAACGAUCAAGCACAAAAUGUAACAGAUCAAUACAACAAAGUUGAAAAUCAAAAUUCAUUACCAGAUGUAACAGAAAACUCACCUGUUUUCAAAAUAAAAUCGGGAACGGUAUUGAAACAGAUUGAUUAUAAAUUAAAUUUUACUUUGGCAAAUUGUUGUCUGAGCCUCCUAAGUAAAGGCAAAGAAAUGUUGAUCAUAACCGUCACACAAUUUCUGACAAGUAUCGAGGCACGGCCUACGUUAUUAGCUUUCAAGAUAUCUGUUCGUGCUGAAAGUUUUGUAAUUGAAGCUAUAUCAACUGAUGGCGAUUUGGUUCCUCUGAUCACAGUGGAUAAUAUAUUAACAGGGAAUGUAUCCACAUAUUUUUUGGCGAUAGAUUUUGAGAAAAAUGGAUUGAAUAUGGAUCCUAUUUUUGAAGUAUCCAUAAAGCUGGAAGCUAUCGAAGUGACUUAUCAUCACUUUGCUAUAGUGGAAAUUAUAAAUUUUUUCAAAUUUAAUACCAAUUACAUUCACGAUACGAUUCGCGGAGUAUAUAGACUAUGGGAUUGCGUCAAAAGAAGAUAUUUGAACUUUGUAGACGAUAUCGUGUCACAGACAUUGAGAAUCAGCUUCAAAAUAGACAUCAAAAGUCCUUAUAUCAUAUUUCCCGAACACGGAUCAGUUCAAAAAGGUGGGCAUAUACUUGUUCUGGAUCUCGGUAACAUAACGUUAACCAACGAGCUCCAAGCAACGAAUUUACAAUUGGAAGAUGCUACUCUCAUGGAACUGGAAGAAUUACUCUAUGACAGACUCAAUAUGGUGUUCUCUGGCGCACAAAUUUUAUUUUGUCAUUCAGGCGACGAUUGGCGCUCGGCGAGGAAACGGAGUGACUCGGAGUAUCAUUUGUUGCCUAAACUGCAAGCAAAUGUGACUCUUUCAUACAGUAUUAGACCUGAAUAUCGUCAAUUACCACGGACAAAACUCAAUGUACACAUCUCAAACGUGAAAUUAAAUCUAUCGGAAAGCAAACUGCGACUGCUGGCAUAUUAUUUGAAUAAAUUGUUAGUCCUAUACGAAAACAACAUUGAAAAAUAUAAAGCUACCUUAAAAAGUUCGAUUUCCGAACGAAAAUCAAGUAUUAUUUUUAUUUCAACGAAAGAAUUGAUGAAAGUACAAUCCAGUAUAUGCUUGCCGUCCGUCACAAUGAUGCAUAGUGAUUUUAAACCAGUCAUUAAGGAAGUUGUUACUAAUAAUGUACCAAAGCUUGACAGGAGUGUCGUCUCUUCAGAAAUUAGUGAAGAGGACUUGGAAUUAUUAUCUAAAACAAUUAAUUUGUCCGGAUUUGACGAUAAUAUAUCUCCGUGUAAUCACAUUAAUUUAUUACUUCGAUUUGCCGUAGGAGAGUUCUCCGUAAAUCUGGAAGAUAUGGCGGAUAAUCGAGAACAGCCUUACUUAAAUUUGAGAUUGCACACCUUGUACUAUGAAACAGCUAUAAUGGAAUACGGCGUUGCUGUUCAGUUUGGCAUUGGAUCGAUUUUUCUGGUUGAUAAGACAAACGCUGGCGUUACCGGAUCAUAUCUAGAACUGAUAUCUACCGACGAGUCGUACGAAGUCCUCGUUGUGUCGUACCGUAAGGUUAAAUCGAAUUGUCCUGAUUUUAAAUCUCAUUUUAAAAAUAUCGAACGCUCGCUGGUUGUGAAUCUGCUAAAUAUCAACGUAAACUUUCAUAGAUCUGCGUUGUUGAAAAUGAAAGACUACUGGCAUAAAUUUCAAACUGUGUGUCAUGAUACCCUCUUAUUCAAAUACGCCGACAAGAUAUGCAAUAAUAUUGUAAAACGAGAACAGAAGGAUAUUGAUCCACCAAUUCCACCAGGCGCAAUUAAACUGAACUAUUCAACCAGACUCAGUUCAUUAGUGGUACGUUUUUGCGAUAAAGACAUAGAUUUAAUGGAAAUUAAGAUUUUGGGUUUAGAAAAUGAUUGCAUUUACAAUGCGAAUGAGAGAAUGGUUUUGCGUGCACAUCUCAGGAGCAUACUUGCUGAAGAUUUGAUUGAUGAUACGCUUUACUCCAAAAUUUUGACGACUGAUGAAGAUAAAGUUUUUGAUCUGAAAUAUGUGAGACACAUACCAAGAUUAUAUAAAUGCUCUGAUAUCGAUACAAAUCAGGAUGACGUUAUGUCGGAUGGCACUUUCAAGCUUUCUAUUGGACGAAUAAAUUGCGUGAUUAUUUCUAAAAUUCUAUAUGAUUUACGGAAUUUCAUAAUACCGUUUACAUCUACAUAUUAUACGCGUUUCUUAUAUUAUUUAAAAAAUAAAUUCGUUGGAGGGAUUGAACUAUUUAAAAGGAGCGCGACGAAACUACAUAUUUUUAUUGACAUACAAGGACCUACUUUUUUACUGCCACAGAAGAAAGAUGCCCCGAGUCUCUUGGUUUUUGAUACAGGUGUAUUAUUGGUUGAAAAUUUUUUUAAGAAUACUGGACAGUCGGUACAAUCAAUUAAAGCAAUUGCUAACGAUAGCAAUCAAUUAAUAAUUGAUAAUAUUUUGGUGAAGUUGAAAUCUAUGACUAUAUCUAGAGCAAUUAUGACUCUGACUCGAGAUUUAGAAGUCCAGGAACCCAUUAUCGAACCUGUACAAAUUCAGUUUGAUAUCAAGAGAAAGACGGAGUAUCGUAGCAUUAUUGAAUUUCAAACUUACGGUUUAUUCAACGUGCAAGGAGCUAUUGAUAUCGUAAAUAUAAACUUAAGUCAGAGAGAUCUUAAAUCCCUCAUAUCGGUGUGGCAAGAUAACAUUUCUAAGAUAUCAUUGCUUAAGAAAGUCGGUGAGAAUGAAGAUAGAAUUUUAACGCAAGAUUCGCAAAAGAAUGCCAAUAACAACGAUGACGUUAUGGUGAAGAAACUUGAAAAUUUUUUAACGCAUAAUGAAACAACAUUAUGUGAAGUCAACAUAAAACUUGCGUUAGAGGGUUUGCAAUUAAAUUUAUUUAUGGAUACAGAAGAGGUGUUGAGUUCUCCUGUGCGCGAUUUAAAUCAUGGUUUAUGCAAGCUGGUCUUUGGAGAAACUAUAAAUACAUGGGACUUUUAUAGCGACAAGAGUUUGAAAAUGAAAUUGUCUUUGCAAAGCUGCUUGUUGCAGGAUACUCGUAAGGACUCGGUCGUCGAGAAAAGGAUAAUACAAUCGCCGGCGAUAUCCUUAGAAAAGAAUUUGGAAUCCUGUAUUUCUGUAUCAAUGUCUCCUAUAGUCGAUGUAACAUAUAGUCGUACUCAAGCAGAGGAAAAGUGUUUCGAUGUUCUUAUUCAAGACAUACGAAUUAAUUUGUCUGUGCCUUUCUUGAUGCACUUGGGACGUUAUUUUCUAGAUUCCUUACCCGGUGAACAGAUAGAGAAAGGAAUUAUCAAUCACGGAUAUGAUAAUACUAAUCAGAUGAACCGGAAUACUUUAAAUGCAGAAAUUGACAAAUUAAAUUGCUCCCAAUAUUUUAAGGAACAGCCAGAUACUUCAAUAUCGAUUAGAAUACAAAAGCCAGACAUCUUUCUAUUCGGUGACUUAGAGAGGAGCAGCACUCAUGUAAUACGAAUGCAAGCGGAAGUGUUUAUCGAAAGUAGCAGACACAGUCGGUCCUCCUCAGUAGUCUGUACGUUGACCAACGUCAAUGCCAAGACUAAAGGACAGGGGAAUUAUGAGUCCCCGUAUUGGUUGUUACGUCCCUGUGAUAUAGAAAUUUGUAAAAAGAAGUUAUCUUGCGGUAAUGAAGACAUUACUGUUGCUAUAAAUAGUAUUAAUAUACAUCUAUCGGCGGAAGUGAUGCAUACCUUUAUUGACAUAUUGAAUGAAGCAUCGACUUUCUUGAACAGUAUUAAUUCGAAAACAGAUGAUGACAGUAAUCAGAAUACAAACGUGCAUAAUCUUUGGACACCAAGAAAAGUUUCUAGUAUACCGUAUAAAAAAACUGACGAACGUAACAAAGAAUUGUAUCGUCGCCGUAACGAUCAAGUAACAUUCAAUUUGAGACCUGUGCUAGUAUGUUUAUUGCUGGAAAUGGAGUACGCCGUAGGAAGAUUUCCAGUAAUGAAAAUGGAAACUGUCAUCACCACUACCAUUAACGAUUGGCGCAACAAUUUUCACCUUGAAUCCAAUGUAAAACUUCACGCUUUCUGUUACAAUAGAGCUCGUCAAAAUUGGGAGCCUUUCGUCGAAUUUUGCACGAAAGACGACAUAGAUUAUAAACCAUGGGAAUUCACUAUCAAGAUAUAUCGAGGCGAAGCGAAUAUGAUUAAUUCUGAUUGGACAGAUCCUUGCCAUCACAUAAAGCAAGAUCCAAUAAAAGCGAGAAAAAGAGAUACGCAAUAUAAUGGGGAGGAUAUGACAGAUAUGACAUUUAUUGGACCUGAUGUCGAUAUGAUCUCAGUUACAAGGAAAGAGCCUGAAACCUAUGUUACAUACGAGGAUGAAUCUGACACGGAUGAUGAUGAGAAUGAUACAAAAUUAACAAAAAUUUCAAGUUAUUUAUUUAAUAGUACCAGUGAUGGCGAAGAAAGCGAUUCUGAUGAUUCAAGUACAAACGAGGAUGAGGAAUUUGAAUUACUGGAUUGUAAUCCUGAAUGUUGCAAUUCUGUCGCGCAUGUACCGACAAAAACGAAUCUCACCGCACCAUAUAUCAUCGUAUAUUCAGAAAACAAAGUUAACAUUACUAUAACGCAAGACAUGAUUGCAAUAUGGAAUGCAAUUUCAAACGCGUUUACACAAGCGAGGAGUGGAAUUCCGUUUGUACCCACUAAUACGCGGGAAUUAACUGUGUUAAACGACAUAGGUCACGCAAGUCGAGUUGAAUUGCUUGUUCAAGAGCAAGUGGACGGGAAUAACGACAUGCGUGUCAUAGCCGCAUACAGUUUUCAUGACGGAAGCUCGCCUGUCAGUGUGCCCAGCAGUCCUGAGAACGAACAGGCGGAUCUCACGAGUCCCCAGUGGGCCGGUAAGGAAACCGCUGUGAUCGUAUCGGAGUGUAAAGCUUUCCCCAUCGACUCACCAGUGCACAUCUACAAAUCAAUAACCGAUGAACUCCUUCGUAUCAUCUUUGAAGGAUUCGAAGACGUGUUGGUGUAUUGUCCGAAGAAAGAAACGCGUAAUCUUGUGGCACUUCGUCCUGUGAGACAUGAGGUUCGUUAUUACCUGGUGAUAGAGGCAUCCAUAAACAAUUAUUUGCAUCGUACGAUUUGCGUGCGAUCUCCGUUACAGUUUCGAAAUGAAACCUCAUACGCCUUGGGACUUUAUUACAAGAAAGUGGUGAUAGACAAAUUGGGCCUGACGCUAACCGGUGAAACUACGAAUCCUUUCGAUGAUAACGUGAGAAUGGCGAUCAUAGAACCUGACGCAACAUAUAAUAUUCCUCUAUAUAUCGCUUAUCAUUGCCCGAUACACAUUCUUCCUGCAUAUCUAGAGAAAUAUCAAGUCAGUGACGAAGGAAUUUAUUGGAAAGAUUUGAGGGGUACAGCAAAUGCAUUUAAAGACGUAUGCUGCGAAGCGAAAGGUGACAAUAAUCGUAAUGUAUUCUGUGUCAAGGCGAUAUGCACGGAACUUCCAUUAGCGACUCGUCCCUCAGGUUGUCAAGUACCGAAUUACUUGAUAAAUAUCGUACCACCUGUUAUUUUCAAUAAUCAACUACCUUUUGUCAUCGAUGUCAGUAUACCUGACAUCAAUUACGAGGUGAAAAUCGAACCUGGGGAGAAAAUAAACAUGCAUUCUCUGAAUCAUGGCAAUAACGUACAGUUUGUUUUCAAGAUACACAACUAUUUAGGCAUGUCUUGGAUGGGUGCGGUAAAACUAAAUAUGAAUCUAGAGCGCAAAUUCAUGUUAAUGUCUACAGAUAGCGAGUCAGACUUAAUGAAGCCUUUUCUGCUAUGCUUAGAAUUGUGCAAAAUUCUCAGUUGGAACAUUAUUAUACAAUCGCAAUAUUGGAUAAUAAAUAAAUCUGGCUUACCAUUGUUUAUUCAGGACUGUCAUUCUCAUAUAACGUAUGAGAUGCCGGAGGAGGAAUUAAUGGUAUUCUCUCAAAAGAACAAUAAGAAGAGUAUGGUGCGGUUAAGAGCACAUCAAUCCGAAUGGUCAAUGUCAUUUGGACUGGACGGGAUUACAUCGAUGUCGUUGAUCAUAUGUCGCGAUAUCGAACGCGGACGAAAGUAUCAGAUUUUAACAGAGAUAGAGAGCUCACGUUUGUCGCCGAUCUUCACAAAGAUCAUAACGUUUUUACCAUACUUCUUCAUCUGCAACAAAACCAAGAGAGCCUUGAGAUUCAUGGAAGAAAAUGAAGAGGCCGAUCUUUGGAACGACCUCUUGCCUGGGCAAGAGAUGUCGUUCUGGCCCGCCACUGAAUCUAUGAAGAUGAAAAUAAAAUGGAGAAAUAGCCAAUUAGUUUCGCAACACUUUGAUAUUAUGCAUGCGGGCAAAACUGUGCUGAGAAUGGAUAACGGGUCAGCACUGUGCGUGGAGAUCGAAGGCGGCGUCAGUACUCCAUAUCGUAUAACAUUCCGGAGAUAUAUCAACGGCGAUAUACCAGUGAGAGUAGAUAAUCUCUGCGAUAAAUUAUUUCUGAAGCUGAAUCAAAUUAAUUUAGGCCAAGUCGCAUUGCUCAAACCAUUCCAAAGUUUGUUAUAUACAUGGGACGAUCCUACUCAAACUAGAGAAUUGAUCUGGAAUGUUUACAGUAAUAACGCAAUUGGUUACAGAGCACAAUUCGAGACGGAUGGUUGUGGGCAAGAAAAAGUAUCUUUCAUAACCAUCGAACGACGCCACAGUGCGUCUUAUUCUUCUGUUACUCCCAAGUCACUAGCGAAUACAAAGUCAUGGUCGGAGGAUACGAGUGGAAGUGUCAAUCACGUUCCUAGCGCGGAAUCCGAGGCGAAGUCGCAAAUGUCGGAAAAUAUGCACCAGGGUGAAGCAAUGGUUUAUUGGGUGAGCUAUAUGGAAGGUGAGCAACGCGUGCUGCUGUUCACACAGCACGAGAGCGUGUACCUAAAAGCGAGGAGUAUUAUCGAUCCUGAGACGAGCAAAAGAGAAAUAUUCUUGUCAAUUGCAGCUAUCGGAAUAAGUGUUGUUGUACAUGAAUCCAAUCCUCAUAGUAUCAGACGGGAAUUACUGCACGCCAGUGUGAUCGACUCAGCCGCACAUUGGGAACUUUACUUCAGCAAACGGUGGAGGAAUCUAUCGCUGGAGCUGAGCGCCUGGUUAGAAAAUAAAUACACGAAUUCCGCGAAGACGGCACAGCUUGAGAAUUUCAUUGACGUUGACUUCACAAAAAUGCAGAUGACCAAACCAUUCUUUGGCAAGCUGCGAAGAACAUAUUCGCCAAGUAUCUGGUUACAUUGUAGGGAAUCCACGACGCUUUGUUAUUUGCAAGGAUACGUUCAUAGAAUACAGAUCGAUAAUCAACUGAACGAAGCUACCUUUCCGGUAGUUCUAUAUCCCAACUUGGAAAAGACUUUUGUGAAUUAUGCUGGAAGCCGCAAAUUGAAGCAUUGCUUAGAAUUCUCGUACCUGAAACAGCGCAAAUUAAAAAGCAUUAUUUACAAAGGAAUAUGUGUCAUCGUCAGGGAGUUCAAUUUGAAUAUAGAAGAGGCCUUCCUCUGUUCCUUGAUCAAUUUAGUACCUAAGACACCGGAAACUAAACAUUCGAUUGCUGCGAAACUGAGGAGAGAUGUUUCUAAUAUGCGCGUUCCUUCGGUUCGCAAUAUUAGUAAUAACACAAACAGCAAAAGAAAAGAUUUAAUAGAGCAGAUAUACAUCUCUCCGAUCGCGUUACGCUUGAGAUUAUUGGCUAGUACAGACGGAACUAACACGCGUAAUUUCAAUGUGCUUGGUUAUCACAAUGUUCUUCGAUUUAUUUUCGAGUAUGCGGAGAAGGGUACGUUUGAGAGGGACGUUGAAUUCAGAUUGCCUGACUAUCGAAAGAGUUUCAUGACCGUGGAUAACAAAUGGUUCCUCUCCCAUCUUUCACGUAUCUACAUGGCGCAGAUUAUGGAGCAGUUCCACGUGCUGGUCCGCUUAACUACCGUUCUGGGAAAUCAGUAUGGCUACAACUUUAAGUCGCCAGGGAGCAAUUUCUGCGAACCGGAUUUGCUAUUGAUGUGUGGGGACGAGUCUGCGGAGAAGCUGGCACACGAGGUCGCAUGUGAGCUAGGAUAUGCUACGCCCGAUGGUAUACAAGCCUCAUUUUUAAGCGGCCACGGCGCUCACACGCUUCAUUACAAGAUGAAAGAUACGAAUUAUCGAAAUCCAGAUGUUCCGCCUUUGGCGUUUUUAGUCGAUCAUUCAUUCGCUACAGAAAUUGAUUUGGAGACUUCUGGCUUGAUCACUACGUCGACGAAUAGCAUUCAUCGAGAAGAAUUAAGAUAUUUCUUCAAAACAUUGGGAAAGAAAACAUCUGUGCUCUUCAAGGCGGAAAGUUCUUGUUUGAAAACUUAUUCGAAAGUAAUAGCGGAUAUAAUAAAAAGGGCGCAAGAGGUGGGCCUCGUAUCCAGAAUGCGAUUGCCGCGGUAUAUUAAUCCACAUUUCGGCGUGGAGUCAUUUUCGACGCAUAAAGCGAAAGGAGCGUACUUAUUAAACGCUAUAAGUAAAGGUCACUGCGUUCAGAACGAUUCUUAUUGGGGACACGCUACGCUUCAUAGCGACGGAAAAUACAUUACGCUCGUAUCUUUGCAACGGAUAUACUAUAUCGAGAAAGGAAAUACAUGGGGUUCAUGGAACGUGAAAUGGACUUUGGAAACUAAUCAAUUGCUGUCACCACCAACCAUCGCUAAGAAUAAACUUGUUUUGCAUAUAGAGAACGAGAAAGAGACAUCGUCGUCUAUGGUAGAUUGGUAUGUGGAGAGCGAGGCCGUAGACAUUCUGAAUUGGUUGUGUCGCAAAAUGAACAACGCAAUGAUCCUGAAUAUGGAGAACAGCAUUUGUUCCAAAUGAGAAUUUUUGGAAUUGGUUAAUGAGGCCACCGCAAGAAGGAAACAAAGAACAAAGAGGAUGAAGAGAUCAGUGUAUUUACAUAUUUAGUUCGGCGUAAUAAAAGUCUAUACGAUGAAUGCAAAAAAAAAAGAAAACGCUAUAUAUAUCUCUAAUGCCACACACUUUAUUAUUAUUAUUAUUAUUAUUAUCAUCAUUAUCAUUUAUCUUGCCAAAGUCAGAUCGCAUCUUCGUCUUGGAUAAAGUACGUCUAGUUUAUUUCAUAAUUUAUUUACAAAAAGUCUUAGUAAAUUACACUUACAGGCAUCUCCACUCGAACUAAAGUAAAUAAUUUAAGAACUACAUGUAUUUAGAUAUCUAUAGAAUAGGAUACUUUGGGGUCGGGGAGAAGCUGGGACCAGGGAAAGUGUUCUGUUUAACUUAUCUCAACACGCUUCUAAAUCGUAUGUCUUCGCAAGAAUUCAUGUCGUUUUAAACGGCUACACAUCGUAUGUGAAAACUAAGUCAUCAUUCCGUCUCUCUUAAAUUCAUUCUUUCUACGAAACGAGGAAGUAUACCAGUGGAAGGUGUGCGACGACGAGUUCGAAUGCGUCUCUCUCUCUCUCUCUCUCUCUCUCUCUCUCUCUCUCUCUCCCUCUCUGUUUCUUUAACUGCUGCGUAAAUGUUCGUGAGAGUGGGAUUUUACAAUUAGGUAGAUGUAUGUAUCGUAAGAAUCGUCAAAAUAUGUGCAAGCUGACAAUCGGUAUUUGUUAGUUUUACAAUAACGUAUAUGCGCGCUUUGAAAAAGCAUAAAAUCUUGGUUAUAAAUAUAUUCCCAUUAGAAUCGUUUAAUGGCACGAUCGAGCUUAAAUUUAAAAAUCCUCUUGUUUUAUCUUUUUAAUAUAUUCGUUUCUACAUUAUCGCCCAGAAUCAGUUUUCAUCUGCUUCUAUAAUGUUUCCUUAUCUUCCGCCUCUCCGUCCCUUUUUCUUUAUAUUUUCUUUUUUGUUAUCACAACGGUGUUUAAUUACGUUUAUAAAUACGUUUAUUCCAAAAAGACUGCAGUUAGUUAAAUUCUCUACUUUCAAAUCUUUGUUCGAAAGAAAGCCAUUGAAAAAAAAAGGAAAAAAUUUACCGAAAUUGUGAAAUCUCCUAGGAAUUCAAGUAAUUACUGCAAAAUUAACGGUAAUUUAAGUGACUAUCUAAAUUAAUCAGUUACUUAGUUUCGCAAGCUAUUUGUGUUUUCUUUCUCUUCACAGACACUGUCCCCACCCCUUUUUCUACCGGCACCCCCAUCCUCCGUGCAUACAUACACGCGCACACAUACGCACGCAUCUCUCUCUCUCUCUCUCUCUCGCUCUCUUUCUCUCUCUUUCUCUAAAGUCAUCUUUUAUAUUAAUACGCGCAUAUAUGGGCCUCCGUUUGUCGAAGCGCCGCGUCAUAUGCACGUACCGCACUCGCGCGAUCAUAUUAACACAUACACGCUUCACACAUGCAUCUCUCGCGCGCACGUAUAAGCGGGCAUGUGCUCUAGACCGCUUUACUCUGGAACCUCUCUCUAUUCUGGAACAGCUUGUCUCUUCCCU